GUUUAUAUCGGAAAGGCUGCAACUGACAACAAGACGUUAGUUACAACAGCAACCAGUGUGUGUGUGUCAGAGCCUGAAACUCGUACAGAGCUAAUGGCAAACCCGGGCAAGCCUCGGAGAGUGAAUAUCAGCUCUCUGGCCCAAUCCUCCCAGCAUCAGUGGCUCAGUGAGGUAUUGGCAAGGAGGUAUGGUGAGGAAUAUGUCACACGGACGCAGCUCCCACUGAGCACCUAUUGGCGUUUUAAUGCACAGAGACAAGACCAGGACGUGGAGAUUCUGUAUCACACUAAACUCAUGGGCCGCCUGAACCUGUGUGAUGGACGAGACUCCCUUUACUCAUUGUACCUCAAGGAGAUGUUUCGCAUAGUGGGUAAACACCAUGUGAUUGUUGUGGUGGAUGAUGUGAGUGCUGACACCACUGGGACUAAGCAACAGUUACUACAGCACCAGUCCACUCUGAGCAAUUGUAGGGAAUUGUUUGUGUUCAGAGCCUCAGAUUGCAAAGCACAUAUAAUUCUCGAAUUCUUUCGCAAACUUGAUGCUGCAGAAGGAAAGACAGGGAAUAUGCAGAAUGUUCACAGACACAAGGGCACACCUGCUUUCUCAGUGAGCUCCCCCAACAUCGCCCCACAAUCCACAUCCACCAAGUCCCCAAGUGACAUGUGGGCUGGAGCAUCUGCUUCCCAACUCCGUCCACCGGAGAAUGAGAAUAAGGAGCGACCAUUGGCAGCAACGCAGUAUUUCCUGGAUCCAAAUAACCCUGAUAUCCUGAAGAUUUUACAACGCAUUGCAGAUCAAGUGAAAAGAAUCGCCGACAUUGGAGAAAACAGGCGCAGGCCCAGGCUUGAGGCGGGGUUUCAAAAAUUCUGUAAUUCGUCUCAUCAUCUCAGUAACCACUAACGGCUCAUCAUCUUCAUUAAGAGUUUCUCUUCCAGUCCCCGCACCAUCACAUGUAGUGUCCCUCAGUGCUCUGGCCUUGGUCCCCUCCUUUUCAACAUCUUCAUGAUCCCUCUGAUAUGAUCCGUAGACAUGGAGUUAACUUUCACAUGUAUGCGGAUGACACCCAACUCUAUCUCU